AUGGAAGAUUUAGAACCAAUCCGUGACGCUGAGCAGAGUUCGUUCUGUGUGGAAUUGCUGAGGCGACUUCACAUGCAACGAGGAGAAAAUUAUUUGUGCGACAUUACCUUGGUGGCGAAGGAAGGGAAGGAAUUCAGAGCUCAUAGAAAUGUGCUGUCGGCGGUGAGUCCGUUUUUUGUGAAGCUUCUUAAGAGUGAUAUGAAAGAAAAAGAACAAGGAAUCAUUCGAUUUGAAGAGAUUUCGGAGUCAAUCUUAGCAGAUGUGUUGGACUUCAUCUACACUGGCAGUAUCGAAGUAAAAGAAGAAGAAACUGCAAAAGAACAGAUAAUGGCAGCGGAUUAUUUACUUCUUGUGAGUCUGAAAACCCGCUCAGGGCGGUUUCUAGAGAAAUUAUUGACCAACGAAAAUUGUAUUUCAACUCUUCGCUUUGCUCAGAAAUAUCGCUGCGAAGAACUUGUUGCAAACAGUACGAAGUUCAUUCACGACAACUUCGCAUCUGUGGCAGAAUCAGAUGAAUUCUUAAACCAAGAAGCUGAAGAGGUUGAGAAAUGGAUUUCAAGUGAAAACAUUCGUGUAGCAGCUGAAGAAGACGUGUUCAGAGUCAUACUAAAGUGGGUUGAACAGAAAAACGAGCGCAAAGCAAAAUUCGAGCAGCUGUUUCGUCACAUUCGACUGGUUUCCCUAUCGCGUGACUAUUUGCAAGUUGAUGUCGUGACGAAUGAUCUGGUGAGGGAGAGUGCCCCUUGUUUGAGGCAGGUUCUGGAUGCUAUUAAGUUCGUUAGUAGUGCAAGCGACGAAACCCUUAUGCAGGCGGCAAAAAGAAGGCUUGAAACGCACACCAUUGCUGUUCGUGGGGGGAAGAAAACUUACUGUUACCUUCCUGAGAAAAAUGAGUGGAAGCGAUUAGCAGACGGAGUAUCAGAGACCCGAGACCAAACUACGCAGAUGAUAAAAUUCCGUGAUAAUUUGUAUAGCUUUCCUCGGAGUACCUGUAACGGGAUUGAAAGAUAUGAUCCUGUUUUCAACAGCUGGGCUACAGUGAAGUUUUCUCCUCCUUUUGCAGAACACUCGUUAGCUGUUGUUAACGGACAGAUCCACGCUAUACACCGACGUUAUCGAUCAAACCCAGUGAUUACGAGGUACGAUGUAGAUUUGUGUGUCUGGCAGACUGUUUCAUCCUCUCAGGACUUCCACUACAGUGAUGACUCUUGUGUUGUUGCCUGUGGCAACUGUCUGUAUGUGCUUGGUGGUGGAUAUAGCGAUAAAGCUGGCAGAUUUGAUACAGUAGGAAAAAAAUGGGAGGAAAUUGCCUCGAUGCCAACAAGGUUGAGUGUCCCCUUUGGUGUGGCCACUCAAGAGAAGAUUUUUGUUACUAAUGGCCUAAACUGUGCAGUAUACGAGAUUUCCACUAAUGAAUGGCAAACCAUUGAAAGUUUGAAUACUCAACGCAUUCAUGGUAGCAUGGUGUACCUAAACGGAACACUAUAUGUACUAGGUGGUUUUAAUAAUCAAUUUUAUGAACGAGCCACAGAGCUCACAGUUGAAGAGUAUGAUCCCAAAGUCAAUAAGUGGAUCCUUAAGUCCUCCAUUCCUGCAGAACAGAACUCUGAGAAACAAAAACCUUCAUUUAAAGGCUGUACACUUAAACUUACCAGAGGACUGCUGAACAAACUAAACUGACACACUGCAAAUAACAGAGGGAAGAUAGCUUACUGUUACCUUCCUGAGAAAGAUGAAUGGAAGCGGCCAGGAGACAAAUUAUCAAAAACCACACUACACAGAUGAUAAAAUUCCGUGAUCAGCUGUAUAGCUUUCCUCGAAGAAGAAAUGCUGAAACAGAAAGAUAUGACACCGCUUUCAACAGCUGGACCACUUUUAAGUUACCCCUUCCAAAUAAUACAUUCUCGUUGGCUGUUGUUAAUGGGCAAAUCCAUGCUAAGGGAUUAAGUGGUGGAGUCAGUACUACGAGUCCAGCAGGCGGUACGGAUCCUGCACGGUCCCAGUGAUUGAAAGAAACAAUAUGGAGUUGUACGUGUGCCCCUAGGAGGCUCUGUCAUCCUCUGUCAACAUUCGCGUAUAAGAUGGAAGUUCAACACAGAAAACUCCCAAUGUUAGUGUUAUUUUGACUGAUUGCAACACUAGUGCAAGUACAGUGUUCUCUAAAAUCUUAGUAUUUUGUGGCUCUAAGUAGAGCAAGAGCAAUGUACUGCUUAUUUCCAUAUGCGUACGUUAGCAAUUCACCAUCUGCUUUUCUGAACUCUUGUACUUAAAACAUGCAUGAAAAGAGGUACACUUCACUGAUCAUGAUACUGCGCAACAGGAAAUCAAAUAGCACGCAGUGGUAUCAUGGUGUUACCUAAUUUCUUUACCAACCAGAUUGAUAAUGACAUGAAUUUUUUCCAAACAACGACUGAAACCAUUUAUUCUAUUGUAGUCUGUUUUGUCCGUUAGCGCGUCAGGUUUCAAUUACUUGAAGUCAUGUCAUAGGGCCAAGUCGCACUAGAGGGCAAUUUCAGAUUUGUUCUGGACAAAUCCGACUUGAAAUCGGCCAGUGACAAAAAAUUUGUCCGGACAGCUACAGUCGCACUUAAGAACAAAAUCUGUGAACAAAACACAACACCAUGCUUUUCAGCCCUCAGUUCAGUGAACUAAAAGCUUCUUUACUCCAUCUGUCCUGAGCCUUCUUGUUCUCGGCUGACGAAGAUGCACGGGGCUAAGAACAUGGGGUUGAUGGCGGCAUUAAAUCUUCGCUGAACCGGAGGGAUUCUGGCAACGAGUCAGCACUCAUGGUCGAAGAAGAUGGGCUGGGAUUUUCUCGAUCAUUAAACAUGUAAGGGCCUGGCAAAGGAUAGAUCCAUCCUGGUGGAUAUUGUGGAUAUUCGUACGGAAAAAAUGGUCGCCCGCGCCGGAAUUCAUGUUGUUGCGAAAUGAGAACGUGAUUAAUUUUACAACGAAGUCUAUAGCAUAGAGACUCUGCUACAAAUCACCUGUCAAAUCAUUUCCGAAUUAAAACACCCUUGCUAUUGUUUUCCAAAAUUUGUCUCAAUUUGGCCUGCUCCAGAGGUAGUCGACGGCAUCUUUGAAGUUUGUCCGUCUGCGACCAAAUUUUGUCCUUUGGUGAACAAACCGGUCGCACUUGGUUUUUCAUUGUGAUGACAGAUUUUUGACAUAAAUAAACAGUUUUGUCCUCUAGUGCGACUUGGCCCCUAUUUGUGAUUUUGUAUUUAGUUGCAAUUCUGACACUAAAAUUGUUUUCAUAUUGCUCCUAAACGUUCCUUUUUCAGUACUGAGGUAUGUGACUGUAUAUAAUAAAACUUCAGUUAAGAAACUCUUUAAAAAGGAUGGCAUCUUUUUCAACAAAUCGAAACAACGCUUAUGCCUUAGCUUUAACAAUUUUUGACCUGCAGUAUUAGCCCCCACAGGUUCAGUAUUACCAGCAGGAGUUCAGCCGCAAGUCUUGGAAGAGCUAGAAAAACGUCCUGGUCUGAUUUAAAUCGUCGCCGAAUUUUUCGGAAUUUUCCAAAACUAUUGUCACUGUAACGCGGGAAACCCUCAUCAGGAGUGUUUUCACAGUCAUAUAUGGUCUUGUACAUUGCUCUUGGAAGCAGCGUCUCAACGCAUCCAGGGUAUGGUGUACUAAGUAAAAUGGGCUUCUGCCGUAAUCAUUGUCACAUGAUCAAGAAAAAUGAAAAUUGGGAAGAGCGUUUUUCUCCCAAAUACGAUUUUCCGUUUCUUUUUUAGUUUUUACAUUGCUGAUGCAAUAUCAGUAAAGUUGCGGAAUAGAGCGGUAAGUCGAACAAACAUAACAUUGUCUGGAGUUAACCGGUCUUACCGGACGUUUUAUGCGCCCUCGUUGCUACGCACACCACUGGCCUCCGCUUCAGUGUUGUAGAAGAGCUGGGGAGAGGAGAAAUGUCCACUGCCCUUACAAAGCGAGGCUGAGUGCGAAAACGUUAUUGAUAUGAAAGCGAUCUUUUAUUCUCACGCAAAUAAAACUCGUUUUCAAAAGAAAGGUUUUGCACUUGCCUCGUUUUGAAAGUGAGAGGUUUUGGAACUCGGAAAUGGCCCAUUAUUGCUAGUUUUAUUGGAGCACCCAACAUGAGCCUCUGAUAGCCUGCGUAGCAAGAGUUUCCGUGCGCUUUCGAACCAACUGUCCCAGUUUAUCCUCAAUAUCCUUGAGGUUGUCUUUGCCGGAGUUCGACUGAACUCUGAGAUCCUUUAGUUCAAUUUCAUCUGCAAGAGAAAUAAAUCUUUUUACACACACGAAAAAUAAGCUAACGAAAUACAACGCGAUGGACGGUUGCCUUAAGUUGUCCUUCCUCUUUUCUUUAAACGAUGCCCCGCAUACUGACUGGAGAAUGGUUACCGUGUAGUUGUUUUAAUAAUCGUUCGUUUCAUCCCAUCUAAGUGAAACGAUUUCGGCCGAGUCUGAACUUGACUGAGAGGCCCUUAUCCACAUUUUAAAAACAGGUGUGAUUAGUCAAUCUAAUUCUUACUGUUUAAGGAGAAUUACUGAUAAAAGUCUUCCCGGGGAGAUAAUCUUGUAUAUUCGGUAGGGGUGUGUUGGAAUGUCUUGGAAAUGUUGGUUUUUGAGAAAAGGGGUAAACCCGAGUACCCGGGGAAAAACUUCUUGGGGCAAGGGAGAGAACCAACAACAAACUCAACCCCAUAUAUGCCGUUAGAGGCGGGACUUUAGCCCGAGCCACAUUAGUGCUGACCGUUCCGCGAACCUUGCUGUCCCAUCCCAAUAUGAGAUGUUUAUCAUACCCUAUUUCACACCUGAACUGCUGUUUUCAAGAGAUCGUUUCGAUCAUACCAGGUUUAACUCGCAGUACCAAAUUUGAACUCAUUUAGUGAAAAAUAUUUUUUCCUAAGGCCAGAAAAGUAGACAAAAAUAUUGAAUUGAAAUAUUCCUGUUUUACCAUUUUUCCAUAUAUUGUUUACUUCUUCAUUGUUUUUUCGUUUACAUAUUUUGCAUAGCGGAAGGUACUUGUACUGAUCCAAGUCUACAAUUGGUGAUUCGGCAAUACUUGUACUCAACAGUUUCUCGCUGUGGUCUUGCCUCUAUUUAAUAUGCUGUUUUUGGGUGGAUACAGCUCCACUUGGCAUCCGUGAAAUUUCAGUCGAUAAAAAGGAGUGAAACAUGUGCAUACGCCCUUUACUACUAACCUUCACUGUUCUCAACCCUUUUGUUUGCUUUCCACAUUGUUUUGUAAACAAGUUCACCAAUAAUCCCCAACAAUACGAGGCACAAGAAAACCCCCAUUGUGAUCAAUAGGAAACGUUGGGUGAUUUUGAUGCACCAGAGAAGAUACUCGUCGAGUCACUGUCCUGGUUAUCUAUAAGCCCGAAAUGGUCAUGAAUAGGAAUGAUUAGGGCAGUAUAACCUGUAUUCACAUCCUUAAUUACGAGCGAAUGAGGCAAAUAUGCGCCCCCGCUUUUUCGUAGCCUGUAUCCAUGUGUUAAGUGAACCAAAAUGCAAGGUAAAAACCGGUAGAAAGUGGAUGAAACGAUCCAAUAGAUUCUCAUAUGGCCACUAAUGGCCUCUAAUUUCUCUUCUUUUGGCACAAGUAGACAGCAAAACCCUCUGUGGGCUAUUUCGUCUUGCAGUGGAUAUUUCUCCUACUCAACAUCUUCUUUUGUAUUUACCUUUGAUUAGUAAAACCUGUAUUAAAUGGUUAACGCCCGUUUAAGAGGGUCUUGGCCAGGAUUUACCCUGUUUGAGCAGGGAUUUGAGACUGUGACAAUUAGCGGGAUACGGAAAAUCGGAAAAUGUUUUUCUAAAGAACUUUGCCUGUAAGGAAUCUGGCCAAUCUUUCCUUUUUCACUUGACCAAAUAAGCUCACUUUUUCCUCGACCAUGUCACAUGUACCGUUUUUUUAUGUCACUAUCUGCCACUGGUUCCCUGAAGAUGAGGGAAUCUGAAUUGAGGAGAGCUAGUUAGCUCGUACUUACUACGCCUGUAUACCUCCCUUGGCACCAAGCAGUUGUGAGCAGAGCCUCAAAAAGCUCUAAAUGAGCCCUUUGCCUCAAAUGAGUGGAAUUCCAUUUGAUCUGUCACUAAGGGAAGCCACCUCUUUAUCCAGUUUUACUGACGAAACGAGAUCUCUAGUAUAACAUACUUGUAUGUUAUUAAUAUACAAUUAUGAUUUAAGUCAUUUUAGAUUCUUAGUUUUUAUUUGAUAUACAUCUCAUUUUUUAAACUAUUACAAUUUUAUAAACUCUUAUCUUGUAAAAUAGAGAAGUGUGACGUCACGUUACCGUGGUAGAACUAUUUGUGGAUGACAACAAAACCAACGACGGCGGCGACGGCAAGGAAAACGGCAAAAAAUAAUAUGUUUAUGUUAACAAACAACAACUUUGCACUUGCAUCACGCUAUUUUGUACAUCUCUUUGCCGUCAUUAAACCACUGUGACAUGAAACCUCCUAAUUUCACGAGCCCGCUUUGCGGAAUAUAGUAGGUGAACACAACACAAAAAUUGUCGCUUUCUUUUUUUAAACUUAGAUAACAUUCGCCAAGAUUUGCCAAAUUCAAUGAAAUUGAAUAAGAUCGCUUAAGUUUAAAAUAGUGCAAAUAGACUUUUAAGUGACUUUAUCGGUUUGUUGUCAUCCAAAAAUUUUGCUACCAUGGCAACGUGACGUAACGACUUCUCCUCUCUACUUUUUAAACUUUUGAUAUGUAAAUUAUUAUAUUCUUCAAGUGAUUUUAGUCUAAGAAGACCCUCCUGUAAUCACUAGUUUAAGUGAAGUUGGCAUCUUCAAUAAGAUUAAUAUUACUCAUUCAUUCAUUUGCUCCUCAAAAUGGUCUUUUUCGAAGGUAUAUUUUUCCAUGCAUGUUCUCUUGCAGGCCUUUUUUUUGUUUUCUCAAAGUCAGCUAUCCAAUUCAGACUGUCCCUCUUAUAUUAGUGUUUUAAAAUACAUCGCGUAAAGAGGACAUAUAUUGCUGUCCUCUCAUCCGCGACGUUAUCAUUACCAUUACCUAUCAGACCUAUGAAAUCCAGAGACUAUUUGCAUUUUAACAACAAUUUAACCUUGUGAAAUUUGGAACGGUCCAUUGCCAUUGAGGUGUGAGUAUGGAUUCUUCUCGCGAGUACAGUUCUGAAGAAAAUGAUGAGGAAAUAGAAGAAGAUGAAUCCAUUUUAGAUUUAGAACCAAUCAGUGAAGCUGAACAAUCAUCGUUCUGUGUGGAAAUGAUGAAGCGACUCAACAUGCAAAGACGACAAAACUAUUUGUGCGACAUAACCUUAGUAGCGAAAGAAGGGAACGAAUUCAAGGCCCAUAGAAACGUUAUUUCAGCGGCGAGCCCGUUUUUUUCGAAGCUUCUUAAUAGCGACAUGAGAGAGAAGGAGGAAGGAGUCAUUCGGUUCGAAGAGAUUUCAGAAUCGAUUCUCGGAGUUAUUGUUAAGUUCAUUUACACGGGAAGUAUUGAGGUAAAUAGAGAAAACGCCAUGAAUCUGAUAAUUGCAGCCGACUAUUUACUGCUUGAGUCUUUGAAAGUCAUCGCCGGGCGAUUUCUAGAGAAGCAAAUGUCCAACUACAAUUGCAUUUCAACUUUGCACUUUGCCGAGAAAUAUGGGUGUCAAGAACUUGUUCUUCGCAGUACAAACUUCAUUCAAGACAACUUUACUUCCGUAGCAAUGUCAGAUGAAUUUUUAAACUUGGAUGUAGAAGAAGUUGAAAAGUGGAUUUCAAGUGAAAAUAUUUUGGUUGCAGCUGAAGAAGAUGUGUUCAGAAUAAUAGUUAACUGGGUGGAGCAAAACAAAGGCGAGCGAAAAGACAAGUUUGAGCAGCUUUUUCGUCAUGUCCGACUGGUCAUGCUUUCGCGUGACUCUUUGCUCUCUGAUGUUGUGACAAAUGAACUGGUAACAGAACAUUUUUCUUUUCUUUCAUGUGCUUCAAGGAGAAGGCUUCAAACGGAGGCCAUUGUAGUACGUGGGGGAAAGAAAACCUACUGUUACCUUCCCGAGAAAGAUGAAUGGAAGCGACUAGCAGACGGAUUAUCAGAAGACCGAGACCACACGACACAGAUAAUAAAAUUCCGUGAUCAGCUGUAUAGUUUUCCUCGGAGAAGAAAUGCUGAAACAGAAAGAUAUGACCCCGCUUUCAACAGCUGGACCACAUUAAAGUUACCCCUUCCAAAUGAUACAUUCUCGUUGGCUGUUGUUAAUGGGCAAAUCCAUGCUAUAUAUAUGUACCGACAGUUGCGUCGAGAGGCCGAUUCGGGGCCUCAUUUCCACAGACACAGCAGACGCUAUGAGUUGGUGAUUAAAAGAUACAAUGUGGAGUUGUGCACCUGGGAGACUCUGUUAUCCUCUCAGGACUCGCACUAUCAGAACGACUCUUGCAUUGUCGCCUUUGGCAACUGUCUGUAUAUUCUUGGUGGUGGAAAUAGUAAUAAAGCUGGCAGAUUUGAUACUGCGGAAAGCAAAUGGGAGAAAAUUGCGUCAAUGCCAAUUUCAGAGUUAAGUCCCUGUGGUGUUGCUACUCAAGAGAAGAUUUUUGUUACUUCUGCCCGUGGCCAGCAAUGUGAAGUGUACCAGGUUUCCACUAAUGAAUGGCAUACCAUUCCAAGUUUGAACUUUACCCGCCCAGUUGUUUCAUGUAGUUUGGUGUGUCUUAACGAAACAGUUUAUGUAGUGGGUGUUGCGUCCCAGCCAGCCGAGAUUGUAGUUAAUAGCUAUAAUCCCAAACUAAACAAGUGGAUCCAGAAGACCUCCAUACCUAUCAACAAGAGCUCUGACGAAGAAACUUAUUCAUUUCAAUGCUCAACAUUGAAACUCUCUAAAGGAUUGCUCACGAAACCAAAAAUAGUUACAAUUGGCUAG